AUGGGUCGACCAGAGUCGUACCACGGUCUCACAGAAAACCAGCAUGUAACAGUGCGUUGUUUCGCAGUUUUAACAUUUUACCCAUUUAUGGCUAGUCAGUUUGCUUUGAUCACAAAAAUUAGCGGUGACAAUUUCUUGGAGAACAUUCGCGUCGUUCCAGUUGAUUUGAUGUUCUUUCAGGAUGUUGUCAAAAUGUUAAUCGCAAUUUUUAGAAGAUCGAAAUUAAAAGAAAUGAUUCUGGAAAUUGGUGAGCUCUGGCCGAAAGAUUUGGACAGUAGCGACCCCAAGGCUGCAAUACUAAAGUCCUGGAUUCGUAGGACCAAAACUCUUCUUGAUAUGUUCUUCAUUUUUGCCAUAACGAAUUUGGCUUUAUUCGAGGUUAUACCGUUUCUGAUAAGUGUAUUCAACCUGUGCAAUGGCAACGAAGUCUACUUGUUUCCCUUUCAACCGCCUAACUUCUGGGAUGUUGACUCUUUCUGUACUUACAUUCUAAUUUACUUGUGGGAACUGGCUGGCACCGUACCCUGUCAGAUGUGCCUGUACCUUCCCUUUGACCUUACAAUCGUCAUUUUAACGUCAAACGUCAGUGCCCUCCUAAGGCUUCUUCAAAUGGACCUCGAGAACGCAAUCAAGAUCCAUGAUGAAGACCAAAACUUGAAGAAGAACAUUAAUAUGACUGAUCCAGAUAGUUAUGAGAACGUUCGGACGCUUGUAAUAGUUCAUCAAAAACUAUUAAGAAUAUCAGAUCAACUGAGCAGUGUAUUUGGGUUGGUCAUAUUCAUCCACGUCGCCUUCGCAGCGCUGGAGAUCUGCUUUUUUGGGUUCCUGACUUUGGUGUACGGAGGAGUAGCGGAUACAAUCGCUAACUUACUGACCGUAUUCAACGCGGUGUUCACAAUUUUUCUGCUGUCGCUAUCCGGACAAUUCUUGUGUGACACGAGUUCACAAGUAGCAGACGCAGCUUAUCAAAGUUAUUGGUUCGAGAGCGAUGUCAAAGUGAAGAAACUCAUCCUUUUCAUAAUAAUCAGAGCUCAACGUCCCAGCUAUUUGUCAGCUCUUGGAUUUUCUCAGUUGACUCUCAAGUCUUUUUCAAAGAUCAUGAGCUCCGCCUGGACCUAUCUUUCACUAUUGAUACAAGUUUAUGAAGAAACGUAA